GGUUCACGGAAGACAUCUCGACCGGCGCGGGCGGUUUUUGAUUUACUGUAGCCACCCGAUACUAUUAUUGUCGCUAAACAGAUCACAAAGUUUAUAAGUUAUAUAUUUAUAACCAUUACCACUAAGUAGCCGUCUCGGGUAGUGGGAAAAGAAGCGGCCGUUUGGGAAAGUGUUAAACAAUGCCCAGUAGCACAUCUUUGUUGGAAACCGAGGAAACGGAGCCGGAGAUCCCGCCGCUGGUACAGGCAUUUGCCGGCGUAGGCCUCGAUGACCACGGCGCGCAGAGGCAGACAGAACCGCAGGAGCCCCUUCUGCAUUCGCGCCCGGCCUCCCACUUCAGCCUGCUUGGCACCGUCCUGGACCUUCAGCCUCUGCCGCUCCGCAAGCCGCCGUUAGAGGAGGAGGAGGAGGAGGACGUGGAAGAGGCAGAUGAGGCGGUCAUAGCGGAAGAGUCGGAUUCCAGCACCACGCUGCUAGCGCAGGCCCAGGUCCCCGCGCUGGGCUCGGUCAUGCUGCCCGGAAUGGAGGCCCCGGAGACGGUCCUGCUGUACAGCGGCGGGCUCGAGGACCCGACGGCGCAGCAGGUCCCCGGGAUGAUGAUGUUACCGUCCGGGUACGGGGAGCCGGGGUUCGAGAUCGAGCAGCCGCCGCUCGCCCGGAGGAAGAGCGUCAACACCACGGAGUGCGUGGCGGUGCCUAGCUCCGAGCACGUAGCUGAGAUAGUCGGUAGGCAGGGCUGUAAGAUAAAAGCGCUGCGGGCAAAGACCAACACCUACAUCAAGACCCCGGUGCGUGGGGAGCAGCCGGUGUUUGUGGUGACAGGGCGCAAGGAGGACGUGGCCAUGGCCAAGCGGGAGAUCCUGUCUGCAGCCGAGCACUUCUCCCUCAUCCGGGCCUCCCGCAACAAGGCAGGGCCUCUGACGGGGGCGGGGCCGGGUCUCCCGGGCGCCCCUGCCCUGGCAGGCCAGACCACCAUCCAGGUGCGGGUGCCGUACCGCGUGGUGGGGCUGGUGGUGGGGCCCAAGGGCGCCACCAUCAAGCGCAUCCAGCAGCAGACGCACACAUACAUCGUGACGCCGAGCCGCGACAAGGAGCCCGUGUUCGAGGUGACAGGCAUGCCGGAGAACGUGGACCGCGCCCGCGAAGAGAUCGAGGCGCACAUCGCCCUGCGCACUGGUGGCUCAGCCGAGGCAGCUGCCGACGACAACGACUUCCACCACAACGGGACGGACGUCAGCUUUGAGGGGGCAGUGCCCGUCGUCGGGAGCGGGGUCGCCUGCGUGCGCAUGACGCCCAGCUACCGCAACGACAGCUCGAGCUCGCUGGGCAGCGGCUCCAGCGACUCCUACUACGGGGGCCGCGUGGCCGACUACAGCCCCGGCAGCCCCUUCAACAAUAACAACAACAACAACGGCGGGGGCAGCUUCUGGUUCGGGGAGACCCUGCUUCCUCUGGGCUCUGAUGACGUGGCGGCACUGGAGCCGGCAGGUUUUGAGGCCCUGGCGGUGGCCCCCGGCCCCGCCCCCCACCCGGUCCUGUGGAGCCCCUUCGAGCAGGGCGUCCCGCUCUUUGAAGGCCGUGGCCACGCCGCCCUGCAACAGGACAGCCAGCCGGGCACCCCGCGCCUCUCCCCCACCUUCCAUGAGGGCCUGGAGCACCCGGCGGCGCGCCGCUUCCCGGCCUAUGGCCCCGCCCUCUCGUCGUCUGGCGACAGCACCGCCUCCAGCUCUCCCCCGGACUCGGCCGGCUCCGGGGGCGCCUACCGCGGCCGACAGGACUGUGUCCGCUGCCUGGAGAGCGAGAUCACCGCCGCCCUGGUCCCCUGCGGCCACAACUACUUCUGCAUGGAGUGCGCCAGCCGCAUCUGCCAGAGCCCCGAGGCCAUCUGCCCGGUGUGCCAGACACCCGUCACCCAGGCCAUCCGUCUGCGCAACAUGUGAACUGCCCAAAAUG